AUGCUUGUCUCCAUAGUCCUAGAUGAGCCGCUGCCUCACUACACAAACCUUGACACCGUCUCCGGACGCGUCCUCAUUCGCGCCACUAGCAAUACCAGCGUGUCCUCGGUCGUUGUCAAGCUCGAGGGCGAGAGCAGGACCAGGCUUGUCCCGCCGCAGAAUCCACAAUUCAACAAUAGCAAGCCGCGCCCGACCCUAGAGAUCCACAAGAUUCUCUACAAGACAGCCAUCGUCUUCCCGCCGCCCAACCUACAGACUGCCGACUGGGAAUCGCGCAAGUUCACCCUCAACCUCGGAAACUAUGAAUACCCCUUCUCUUUCAAGUUGCCCUUCAACAACGCAUGUCACACCACAACCUCUCUCACCGGAGGCUUCAACCUCGCUACCUUGGAAGUUGCCCGCCCUCCUACGAAACAUGUCAAGCAGACACUACCUCCUUCCCUCACCGGCUUUCCGGGCGAGGCCGAGAUCCGAUACUAUGUUAAGUGUACUGUCAAUAGACCCUCACUCUUGAAGGAGAACCCCAGAGCUUUUGUGCACUUCAAUUUCCUUCCUAUCGAGCCUCCGCGCCCCCAAAAACCUGACGGCGAAGCAUACGCGCGACGCCAGCAUCAAUUCAACCCCAGAUGGGUCCCACCAACCGAGCGCAAAUCUGGUAUCUGGGACAAGCUGAAGGGAGAAAAGAGCCCUCCCAUGAGCCCAACACAAGAUGGAGCGGCGGAUUUGGUGCGCUUCAGUAUCGAUGCGCGUCUACCCAAUCCGGCGAUAUUGACGCUGAACGAGGACUUACCACUGAGGGUCCUGGUCAAGCAACUCAACGAGCGCAGCGACCCAGUUUUCCUGCAAAUGCUCCAGAUUGAGCUCGUUGGGUAUACACAUGUCCGCGCACAUGAGCUUACGCGCACCGAAUCGAACAGUUGGAUCAUCGCUAGCUUUAGCAACAUGGCCAUCCCCAUCGGAGCUCCCUCGGACGUUGCCGGCACCGAGACUCCCAUCAACCCGGAGUACUGGUCUGGCAAGCCCCUCCCCAAUACUGUUUCUCCCUCGUUCGACACAUGUAACAUCUCACGUUACUACGAGCUCGAGGUGCGCGUUGGUCUGGGCUACGGUUCAUACAAGCAUGGCCAAGACCAGCUAGUUGUUCUUCCGUUGCGGCUCCCCGUUAAGGUUUUCUCGGGAAUUGAGCCGCCACAGGCACUCCUCCACGCCAUGGCUUCGGCGAAGCCGACCCUGCCCCAGCGAAAGCCCGUCCCGGGCUCUGCUGCCAUACCGCCUCUGAAGACUGGAGGUCCGGUCAUGAAUGCCGCUGCUGCUGCACCUCCUUAUCAAACUCCCAUGACGCCUGUGGACGGAGGAUCGGCAGGACACGGCCCAGCGCCUCAAGGCCAGUAUUCAUCAGGUCACGUAGAGAACUACGAGGAUGCGCCUCCGAGCUACGAAGACGCAGUUGCGCAGGAUAUGCCUGCGGUGGAUGGACCACGAAGAGAUUACGCACCACCACCGGUCCCAGAGGGUGCGCCAAGGUUCAGCCAUGAUGAGAAGAGAUAA